GGCGGGGACUUAGUCCAGCCUCAGGCUGACCACCAUGUAUCCCCGCUACUGUCAGCUGUCAGCGUGAUGGGUCUCCCCUCCCUAUAUCUGGACGAUCGUCUCCAUCCUUUCACCAACCAACAGUCAUCAAUCCACCAGACUUCUUCUACUCAACCACCACCAUGACAUCCCAACCCCAUCUCCAAAUAUUCAACCACACCCUCGCCCACAAUCAGUCAUUCAAUAUUCCCUCAAUCCCCCCUCCUCCCGGCGGAACUCCGUCUCCAGAUCUGGAAGGGCCUCUCUUCAACGCCAACGCAUCAUCCGCAUACACCUCAAUCCCCAGAACCCAUACACACCCACAGACCCCACAUCACAAUCACAAUCACAACCACAAUCAGAACCAGGAACACCAGGCCUCCUCCCAAUCAACCCAGAGUACGACAUCCUCCACCUCACCCCCUGCCCCCCCCCACCCAAGAAACCCUGCUCCCCUUCCUCCAUGACCUAAAAAUCACCCUCGACCCGCACCAAAUCGG